CUGGCUCGACAGCGGGCAUCGGUCACCAGGUAUGAAGCGGGCACUGGGUCACCAGGCAUCAGGUCAUUUGGCUCGACAGCGGGCACCGGAUCAGGUAAGGAUCAUCUGGAUCAACAGCGGGCAUCGAGUCAACUGGCCUAAUAGGAUCGUCAGGCUGGAUCAGUUCACAGUCAUUGAGGCAUCAGGACCGAGUAGAGGCAUCAGGCUGAGUAGAGGCAUCAGGCUGAGUAGAGGCAUCAGGCUGAGUAGAGGCAUCAGGCUGAGUAGAGGCAUCAGGCUGAGUAGAGGCAUCAGGCUGAGUAGAGGCAUCAGGCUGAGUAGA